AUCUAGUCUAUAAACAAAUUGAAAUUUCUGAAGAAAGCUGAGAUUUUGUGAGAGAAAAUAAACCAUGGAGGUAAUGAAAACGACUUCUCCGAAUCUGAGUUUUGAUUUCAACAGCGCUCCUUCUUCGCCUAGACGAUUUGGCGAAUGUUUCUUUAGUGCACCCACGAGCCCCUCACGGUUGUCCGACUUUUAUUGUGAAUUUGAUGGGUUGUCGACGAUGGAUGAUACUCAAAUCACUGAAAGCUGUAUGAGAAACACUUCUUUGGCGGUUCCUUUUGAUUGGGAAGACAGAACAGGCACACCAAAAUCAUUACCAACAACAAAGAUCCAUCACGAAGAUGAUGGUUUUGCUUUUCAUUUUCGUCAGCCAUCGGGGAAAACUCUCCAGCUUUCAGCUGAAGAACUCUUCGACGGUGGCAAAAUCAAGCCCUUGAAACAUCCACCGCGGUUACGGGUUGUCAAUGGAAAUGAUGAAAAAACCUCAUUUUUAUCAUCCCCGAGGUCGUCAAAAUCGCCAUUACCACAAGGUAAAAAGAUCUUCCAAGCUUUUUCACCGAGAAAGAAAAAAGAACCUUUUGAAACUGCCAUUGAAAGAAGCGGAGAAAACACAGAGAACGGAAGAGGAAGAGGAAGAGAAAGAGUUGAAGAUUCGACAUCAAAGAAUUCAAGUCGAAGAACAACGAGAUCACUUUCUCCUUACAGAGGCUCGGAGUCUCCAUUGGGAGAACAACAAGAAAAAGAGAAGCGAGAUCAAAACAACGAAAUCACAGGCAGUAAUCAAUCAUCUUUGAGUUGGAAACUUCCGUCUUCUUCAAAGGGUUCUUCAGGAAAAUGGAAAUUAAAAGAUCUGCUCUUGUUUAGAAGCGCAUCGGAGGGGCAUAAUAAAGACCCGUUUACGAAAUAUUCGUCGUUUUUCAGAAAACCUGAAGAUAAUUAUAACAAGAACUCUAAUUUUAAAUCCAAAGACACGUCCAAGAGAAAAGUAUCGGCUCACGAGUUACAUUACACGACGAACAAAGCAGCGUCCGAGAAUAUGAAGAAGAAAACUUUCUUGCCAUACAAACAAGGAAUUCUGGGAAAAUUUUCUUUCAAUUCCAAUGGUUCUGGAACACUUGCUCCAUCAUAUAACAAUGCCAAGUGAUUUCAUCAUCUCCAUUUUCAU